AUGUCUCCCCCAGCUGCCAUCUUCGAGCCUGCCGUCGCCCCUACUGGCAUCAAGGGCAAGGUCGUCGUUCCUGAGACCACCACUGUUGAAGGUGCUUCGCAGACCAAGUUGCUCGAUACCUUUGGCGGCAAAUGGGACCAGUUCAAGUUUGCUCCUAUCCGCGAGAGCCAGGUCUCCCGUGCCAUGACCCGCCGCUACUUCCAGGACCUUGACCGGUACGCGGAAAGCGAUGUGGUCAUUGUCGGUGCUGGUUCCUGCGGUCUGAGCACUGCGUAUGUCCUCGCAAAGGCUCGUCCGGACUUGAAGAUUGCCAUCAUCGAAGCCUCCGUUUCUCCCGGUUCGUAUUGA